AUGGUUUCGCACUCGCUCGCCUUACCCAUGAUCUGCUUCACCACGUUAUGGGGCCUGGUCGGUAUCGUGGCCCCGUUCCUGGUGCCUAAAGGACCCAACAGGGGAGUGAUUGUGACCAGUCUGAUCCUCACGGCCGUCUGCUGCUAUUUAUUUUGGUUGAUAGCGAUUCUGGCUCAGGCCAAUCCUCUGUUCGGACCCCAGCUCAAGAAUGAAACGAUAUGGUAUCUGCGCUACUUCUGGGAGUAA